GCGGCUCGACCAAUGGCGAGGCAGCUUUGAGUCGGCGAGUGUCCAUGCCAUCCUCCAUGUUGAACGUCUCGGUUCUCGCCCGGACUGAGUCAAACAUGGUCUCCUUAGUGAAUAUAUGAUAAUAAGUGCACCGAAAAUGUCCUCGAUCUCGCAGGGCUUGGAGUUCCUUGACCUGGAUGGGGUGGGAGAGGAUGUCAGCCAAUAUCUGGUGGCACUCUGCCGGGAGAGUAAUCCUGCUGUGCAGGUGCUGGCCACGGAGGUGCCCAUUGCCCCUCGGAGGGUUGGGGCCACCGCAGAAGAACAGGCAGCUUCCUCCCCUGCUCUGUCACCAUCCCCACAAGUAACAGCUGCUGACAAGGAAGUGGAGGAGCCUCCAAUGCUGAUGGACCAGACCAUUCCUGACAUUGGCCAUGAGGAGUUCGCAGGACCAGGGACUUUCCUCCCUGAUGGGGGCUUCGUUGGCGAUGGUAAGGUGAGUGUGAUGGCUGACUCUCGACCACCACCACCACCACCCCAGGCCACCUCCAUCACCAGCACCACUAUCACCACCCCAACCACCACCACCACCACUGCUGCAGCUGCCACACUGGCCACCUCUGUGCCUGCAGAGAUAGUCCCGGUCAGGGACUUCAACGUGCCUCCACCCAUUAUUUCUUCGCAGAACCAGCAGGGAGCUCCACAGGGGGGCCAGCAGAUGUUCCACCAACCUUAUCUGUCAGCUUCCCCUAACAACCCCCCAAUAUAUAACCCACACAUGCCCCCCCCUCCACACCCGCAGCCUCCGCCUAAUAACUUGUACACUCAAAUCCCGCCGCCUACUGUUUUGCCUCAUGGAGCAACAGUCUAUGUCGCUAACUGUCACGUCAACCUUUCCCCCUAUAAUGGAGGUCAGGGGCAGGCUCCUGUUAUCACAUCAAGUGCUGGACCGUCUCAGUCUCCUCCAGCUGCCCCUGUCAUGCAGUCUGUGCCAGUCAUGUCUGAUCAGCCUGCUGUGCAUGUGCCUCCCGUUGUCAAACCCAUGCAUGAAAAUAAGCCAGAGUUUGAGAACAGGAGGUUUGACCAGUUCAGAGGGGGCCACCGUGGGCGUGGGCGUGGACGUGGACGUGGGAAGCGCAACAACAGUGAGAGAAGCAACUCGGUCAGCAGUGACCACUCAGGGUAUGGCAAUGAGAAACACUACACAGAUGGCAUGGGACCCCCCCAAUAUGGCCAUGUGGCUGGACCCUAUAUGUAUCCAAAUGUGCCGUACCAAAUGCGUGGAGCCAAUUAUCCACACUACCCUAGUGUCCCAGCUGCACAAACUGUUCAGGGUGUACCACUUAUGUACCAACCUCAACAGUACUCCCAUUAUGUACAGUAUCAGGCUCCAAACCAGGGCCACAUGAUGCCCUACCAGCAGCAGACAAUGCCUCCUGGCUCGCAGCAUCCCAGCACACUCCAGCACAUGCACCAUCAGCUGCCACAUCACCAAUCUACACACCAGCCCCCACAGCAACCUCCACAUCAUCACCAGCCUCCGCCGCCUCUACAGCACCAGCAGCCUCCGCUUCAUCAUCAUCAACAGCAGCAGCCGCAUUACCCACAACAUGAGCCACAGCAAGUUCAUGUACCUCAUCAGGAUCAAUUUCACGUACCAGCACAGCCACAGCAGCAUCAGCAGCCUCCCCCUCCACAGCCACAGCCACCACCCCCUCAACAACCUCCUCCUGCAGUAUUGGAGCCCCAGCAGCAGCCACCAGUAGCUCAACAGCAGCCGGCAAACUACGAACCCCAGGAAGCUCCAUUGCCAGUAGAAGGCCAAACCAAUGGACAGUUUGUGGCCGACUCUCAGGCUCCUGCUUCACAAUUUGAAAAUGAUGGUUCAGGUGGUGUACAGCCAACAGAUGGAGCAUCAACUUCAACAGAGAUACCUAUUGCUAUAGAAGAAACAGAUAAGUCUAACUCCCUCAUCACACAGACAGCUGCCUUGUCCUUAGAAGAUCCUGUAGAAUCAGUAAUCACUAACAUUCCUGCAGAACCUGAACAACCAGUUCCAGACAUUCAGGAGAAUAUUCCUAAUUCCACUCAACUGGUUUAUGAGGAAAACCAUGCUCCAGUCUCUCCCCCCAUAGCCAAACCAGUCACAACCCCGGACAUAAAGGAGGUUAAAUCUGUCUCCAACAAGCCUCAUUCUGCUCAGAAUGGAUUGGGUUCAUCUGGUAAGCCCCCUGUGCAUGAGCCUCAGAUUCUAAUCCCCAACUUCAAUAAAGGGAAGCACAUGCAGAAGCUGGCUGUUGACAUUACCGGUAAUCAUACUACUUUGUCCGAGAUAACCUUCAUGUCGGAUGAGAUUCAACCUAAUGUUGAUCCUCAGGAGCCAGUGGAAUUUGUGCCGGUUCCCAAAGCAGCUGUGAUCAUUCCACCUGCAGUCUCCCAGAGUGUUUCCCCAGUCAAUGUUCCUUUCAAAGCUUCCCCUCCUUCAAUUGUGGAGCCUCCAGUCCCAUCAGGAAACAAGAGCACUGCCUCCUCUUCAUGGGCAGCAAAUGGUGGGACAGUGGUAAUAGCUGGUGAUGGUGGGGUGGUGCCACCCAGUACUCCAUCAGUGGCCAGUCCUGCUCUUUCAGAAGUGAACAAGAAGGAGGCUGUGAUGCCCGAGAUGGCAGCCAGUGCCCAACCCGGUGGAGCUUGGGCUCAGAAGAAGAGCUGGUCCCAGUUGUUCAAGCCAUCCGAUGAAGGAGCAGCCAAGCAAGUGGCUUAUGUUGCACCCUUCAACCAGGAGACAGAGAAGCUUCGGGAGGAGGCAACAGAGAAGGCCCCUGACCAGCCUACAUCGGAAGUGGAUCUGGAUAAGGUCAAAAUUGGAGGCAUGUUACGAGAGUACAACCAAGACCAUCGCCAGGUUGCUCUACAGCCUCGAGGACUGAUCAACAAGGGAUAUUGGUGCUAUGUUAAUGCUCCUCUGCAAGCCCUGCUGGCCUGCCCUCCUUUCUAUAAUUUAAUGAGAAAUGUGCCCAACAUUGCUGGGCUCAAGAAGGGCAAAUCUUCAACACCAGUUCUGGAUAGCAUUGUGGAGUAUGUAAAUGAGUUCUCUGAUAUGGCUCCCAUGCUGAGGACAAGCAAGAAAGACAAGAACAAUUCAGCUGCACGCAAAGAACCAGAAAUAGUCAAUGGCCCACCAUUCGAACCUUCAUAUGUCUACAAGAUGUUGGCCUCCUUGAGUGGGGAAAUGUUCACUGAGGGUCGACAACAAGAUGCUGAAGAGAUGCUCUCCGUUGUCUUGAAUGGCUUGCACGAGGAGAUGGUGGAAGCCUUGAAGCUGGUAAAUGAGAAUACUGCAGCAUCAGCCAGCAAUUCAGUCAAUGGCUCCGUAAACGGGGAAAAUGUAUCAGACAAUGAGGAGGUGUCAGAUGAUGAUGAAUGGCAGGUAAUGGGCCCACGCAAAAAGUGCUGUGUGACCCGAAGGGCUCACUUCUCCCCAACCCCCAUUAGUGCCAUAUUCUGGGGGCAGCUUAGGUCUGUUCUUCACCAGGCAGGAGGUCAACCUACUGCUAACCUGCAACCAUUCACCACACUACCAUUAGAUAUUCAGUCUCCCAAGGUUGAGAGUGUUAGAGAUGCUUUAGAGCAGCUUGUGAGCCGUGAAGAGAUUCCAGAUUUUACAUGCUCAAAGACGAACCAGGAGGUGACAGUGUGCAAACAGGUAUUCCUGGAGCACCUCCCUCCAAUCCUAAUUCUGCAACUCAAGAGGUUUAUCUAUGACAAGGAUGGUGGCCUGCAGAAGAUCAUGAAGAAGGUCAACUUCCCCAUAGACUUAGAAGUUACCAAAGAAUUAAUGUCAACCAACAGUCGAGGGAAAUACUCGGCCCAACAGAAGAAGUACAAGCUCCUGGCUGUUGUAUACCAUGAUGGAAAGGAAGCCACUAAAGGUCACUACAUCGCAGAUAUAUAUCAUGGAGGUUACACCUGCUGGUUGAGGUAUGACGACAGUUGUGUGAAAGCUGUUCCAGAGGCCAGUGUCCUUCGCCAUGCCGCACCCAGGGUGCCCUAUCUCCUUUUCUACCGUCGUGGAGACACCAUGACAAGGCCAUCAACGAAGACCAAAUCUUGAGGACCUUGCUGAACAUUAAGAGGCCAGGACUUGCAGAUUCCUCCCAUGGGAGAGAAGCCCUUCAUCCUGAGGUCCAUGGUGUGCUCAGAUCAACCAUCUUGGGAAGGGAGAGUAUGGUUACCUGGCCCCACCUAUCCUUGGUAUGUUCUGUUCAAGCAGUGCCUGGAUUGCGGGAAAGGCAUGGAGUUACAGCAAGGACACCAAAAGUAGCCAGCAGCAUGAAGUUAACAAGUGUCCAUAAUCUGCUUAGCCUUUUGUACCCAAGGAAUGUUGAAUACUCAUGAUAAUGACAUUAGUUUAUUUUAAAGGAAAUUUAAACAUUUGAGGAUUAGUUCUUUGCGUCAAGUUUGUUAUAAACAAUAUAUAUCUCUAUAGUUAGUUUCACCAGACAAGACAUAGUAAUAGGUGUUUGUUGAUGAACAUCUCAAAGAUAGAUGAAAAGAAAACAAGAAGGAAGAGUCAUUGAAAAAAAUAUUGUGAGUGGAAAGAUAUUAACAUCAAAUGCAAAUGGAAAAAUGGAACUUGCUUUUUUCGUGAGCGGUUUUGUAAUAGCCAGAGAGAGUCAGAGCUAUUUACAAAUGACAAUGGACUCCAAGUGAAAGAGGUGUCAAGGGGUUUAUUCCUCUUUGUAGGCUUCCAUUAUUCGUUUGGAUGGAGAGUGGGAUGUGGUGUGACUUGAUUUAGAGAAUUACAUACCAUUGUUGACCAAAAAAAAAGAAAAAAAAGAAAAAAAAUUAAUAAAAAAGAAAAAAAAUGUGAUAACAGUGGCCAUGAGUUACACUGUUAAUUUGUGUGCUUGUAUGUCAUUGUGAUUGGGUCUCUAGGUAUAUUGUUGCAAAUUUUCAACUUUGGCUCUGGGUUACUGUUAAUGACAUGUGCCUGUCUUUAAAGUGUUCAGAUAUGGCCCACUUUGAAACAAUAAUAUAUAUUGAAUUAAAUGCUAUCAGUGUGACAGAUAUAUAUUGUGCAUCUGUCAAAUUUAUCUAGCUCUUUAAAAAAAAAAAAAAAAAAAAAAUAGGUAUAUACUAUUAUAAUCUUUGAAAAGUAAUGAAUUAAAAGAUGAUGACUUUAACAACUUUUAUGUCUUAAUGUUUUUUUUUUUUUAAUGUUUUUUUUUAUGUUGAUCUAACUAGAGAAAACAUUUUAUAAUAUUCAGAAGAGUAUAAAGAAAUAUCAGAUUGUUAGUAAGCCCUUGAGAAUGAACAACAAUUAUUGUUGAAUGUAUUAACUAACCAUAAGAAUUUUUUUUUUAUUAUUAUGAAAAUUCAUGGUUCUCAAUAUUUGUGCAACAUUACAUAUUUUAUGAAUUUCAAGGGUUUGGUUAUUUUUCACUGCAUUUUCAGUAUUUGAUUGAAAGAUUCAGAAUAGUUAUUUGAAGUAUUAUUUAGAUGCUUCCAGACCAGUUAGACAAACUCUUCAUUUGGGAGUGUUACAAGCGAAGUUAAGAAAAAUAUGGUGUUGAAAGGGAUCCCUGAACUCUUUCAAGAGGUUUUUUUUUUUUCUAGGACCAGAUCGUAAAAGGUGCCAUAGGGGCACAGGCCAAUUAUGGCCACCCAGAUGGCACAAUGCCUUCAUAUAAUGUAGAGAGAGAGAGAGAGAGAAGCUUAUAUUACUGUCCCUUUUCCCUCCAGAACUUACUAAGUGGCUGCCACAUUUCUAUCAUGCCGCCCAAGUCAUGUAACAAUUCUCACCUCUUGACUUCGUGUUUGCUCUGGACCUCGAGAGUCUACAAUGAAACCAGAUGUAAAGGAGGUCGUAGUUUUGUGUUUAUUCACCUCUGACCAGGAUUUUUUCCUCCUGUGACUGCUUCCCCCUCCCCCCUCCUUCCUCUCUCUUCUUCUGUUCCACGCAUAGUAUUUACCACUUCAGCAUGGGGGGUGGGGGGAAGCCAUAUAGAUGGGCUGGGUCAGGGCUUUGCUGUCUGUGGGGAAAAUUAUCAUCACUCUUUGUUAUAGAUAAUUUUUUUUAUUUUUACACUGAUUGGCUGUUCAAUACAAACUAGUCAAAGAAAGAAAGAAAAGGUAAAUAAACGAAAAUGUCUCCUAAGCGUAGACAGGAUUCUCAAAUUAGAAUAUGUAAUGGUAUGUAGCAUAUUGUUGUAGCUAAGCUUACUUAUUAUCUGUGAGAGGAAAACAAAAUCAAAAUUUUUAAGAGGAUUUUAAAAAAUGCAGUAAAAGCAAACAGAAGCAGCAGGAGCAGUAAUCAUAAAUAUUCAAGAUUUAUUUUAGACUAAAGCUACGUAUUACAUUUUCUAGCAAACUUUAUUUACUGAUUUACUUUAGUAUGUUGCAUUUCGCGUGAAACUGUUCACAACUUCCGUUUUUUUAACGGCUAGGAAUUGUUUUCCUCAUAAACAUAGGUUGCAUUUUAUUUUUUUAUUUUAUUUUUUUAAUUAUUAUUAUUAUUUAUUUAUUUAUAAUUUUUUUGUUUUAACUUUUUACUUUUUAGGUCCUAAUUGGGAGACAUAUUUACAGAUCUCCCAUAAUACAAAUGGAAAAUUUACUGUUAUUAUUAUUAUUAUUAUUAUUAUUAUUAUUAUUAUUAUUAUUAUUAUUAUUAUUAUUAUUAAUUAUUAUUAAUUAUUAUUACUACUACUAUUACUGUUAUUACCAUUACUAUUGUUAUUGAUAUUUUUGUUUGCAUUUUCUUUGUUAUUUUUGUGUAAUGCACACUUCAUAUUUAUUAUCUUUUAUUAUAUUAUUUUAAGGCUGACUGUUAUUUUUAAGCCAGUAUCCCAUGAGUAUUUGGCCAAAGUUGCUAGUAGUGUUUGUCUGUUGUGUUCCAAGGAUCCCUCUUUUUUUAAUUAUGUAGAAAAGAGAAGAAAAGAAAAGAAAAAAAAAAACCAAAAAAACUUAAAACUGAUGACUGUGUUGAGCCAAACCUGAGCCUAUUCCUAUUUUAUGAAGCCUGAAGCGAUCGUGUUGUCGUAGAUGGUGUAGAUAUCCCGUAUACUUAAUGAAGCGCAGUGCAUCACCUUAUUGAGAAGUUAUUGCAAGUUAAUGUUGGUGAUGGAGCGAGAGCUUGGCAAAAUGUGAAAUGAUUAUAACAGCUUGGAGGGAAUUUCACCCGUUUGAUCUCGUUUUAGAGUGUGAGAUGGGGCCUGAUGUGGUUCUUUGUGAUUUAUGGGUCAGGCCUCAUUUUCUUUUGUUCUGUUUCUAUCCUGUUACUUUUCGUUAAUAGAUACCUUAUAACUGAGCAAACUGUGUGUAUUUACAGAUCUCGCACAUUGCUUAUCAUAUUACACAUUACAUCAUACUGUGCACAUCACUCCAAACACAUCUCCCCAUGCAUACACUUUCUUAUAUACAUUGUGUAUAUAUGUGUAUGUGAUCUUUUGUUUUCUAUAAGUGUUUACACCUUUUACUUGUUUUAAUUUCUUUCUCUACCUAAUGGUUCUCAUGCAGCAAGCUUGAGAUACAGUUUGGCUAGAACCUUGUGUCUCAGGCAGUGGCCUUAACUGGCUGUGUGGUUCUGAAGAUUGCUUUGCAUCACAUGUAAGGAACUGCUUGUAUAUACAAUAAAUUGGCACUCUAGGUGUGCUUAAGUCCACUGCUAUCUGUACUUUUGUCUUUAACAAAGAGUCAAAUUCAGCAAUCACUUGCUUUUUUUCUUCCUUCGGAAAUGGUCAAUAUUAUCUCAAAAUCAGAUGUCCAUUGUUUAGAUUGAGGGCACAUCAGAUUAUAGAAUACAAUUUACAGAGAUAAUCUUCUGUUUACUCUCCAAAUCUUGGUCAACCUUCACUAGUUGAGUCGGUGAGCAGCAGCAGAUUGUCUUGAUCAGAAAUGCUUUUCUCUCCACAGUAAACAUGCCUUAACUACACAUACACUGAUGAAAAGUAUAUAUCGGCUCAAGGUAGGAACUCCUGUGGACAUCUAUGGAGUACAUUGAAAAACUAAACAAGAAUGUACAUAAUCAUCUGUACUUGACUGUAGGAUAAAUAGAUUGGCUGAUACGUGAUAUUGAGUUUCUGUUCAAGACACUUAUCCUGUUGUAGGAUAAUCUACACAACUGUGGUUUUCCUUUGAUGUCAGCAGGGUGGCAGUGUUUUUGCAUUUCCAUUUUAUCGGUUUACUAUUUUGUAUUAUAUAUUUUUUAUUUAUUAUACAUAUCUUUUUAGUUAGUUUAAUCAUUGGUUUACAUAUUUCAUGCACCUGUUCCUUGUCAUUCAUUUUGUAUUUGGAGGGGUCCUGUAUCUUCCAACUAUUGUAUUUGCUCAGAGGUGUGACUACUGAGAAUAUAUAAAUUGUCACACUAGUAAAACUUAGGUUAUUUUAAUUUGUUAUUUUUAUAUCUUUCCUUCAGCCUCUUCAUAUAUUUUAAUGCUUUGAUAUUCAGCAGUUGUAGUGUUUGAAAGUGUAAUUAAAACCUAAACUUACAAAAUGCACUGAAAAAAGGAAAUAAUGGUUAGGUAAUGUACAACUAUCUUUUCAAUAUUUUCUCUUGAGUCAUGUAGACCAUUACUGCUCAAAGAUAGCUUAAUUUAUUUUUAUUCCAGAUUCCAAAUAAAAAAUUACAUUUAGAUAAUGUAAAAGGAUAUAAAUAUGAA